CACUGGGCCUCCAGCGCCACCAGCGGUUGCAGACGCGGCUGCUCGGAAGAUGGCGGAGCGUGCCGGCGCCGGCGGCAGCACAUCCCUGAGGGGGAUGCGCGAACGGAUGGUUGCUGCUGCGCACGCCAUUGCUGAAGAAAGACGGAGUCAGAGUGGUUUCUGCCCCCUUCCAUCUCAGUCUGCAAAUAUAAGAUCAGCUUUUAAACCAGUAAUCGAUGGAUCCGUGCUUAAAAGUGUUGUAAAGCAGAGGUUGGCAAAAGAACGUAGAGAAGAGAAGACCAGACAGCAAGAAGCUAAUAAGGAAACACAACUGCUUGAAAAAGAAAGAAAGUCCAGGAUCCAGUAUGAAAAACAGAUGGAAGAGAAGCAACGAAAACUGAAAGAACAAAAAGAAAAGGAUGAGCAGCGGAGAAUAUCUGCAGAAGAAAAAAGGAAACAAAAAUUACAGGAAGAAAGGGAGAGAUUUAAAGCUGUUCUCUAUCGGACAUCGGAACGGAGCAACCGUGUUGAUCAUCGUCAAAAAAGAUGGUCAUGGGAAGGCUCUACAUCCAUGAACCCAGAAACCAAAACUGCUAAUACACGUUCUGUAUCGACUGAAAAACUUGAACAAGAGACUUCUGGUUUACACAAACAAACGUCUGUGUCAUCUGCAGGUCUUCAAAAUUCUAUUGCAAAGAAAAAAAUAGAGAAGAAGAGAAGCUCAUCCUUGAAUAGAAGAUCUAACAAAUUGCAGACACCUGGAGAAACUGUACAAGUAGAAGAAAAAGCAACUGCUCGUCACCCGUAUACCAGUCUUCGGGAGAAUGAUUUAAUCACUCGCCUGCUUGUCCCUACAAAAGCAUCAAUAGCCAGGAGCAAAAGUGCUGUUUCUUUGUCAGUUCCCGGGAAAGAUACUCCAGGCACCCACAGUACUUUAAUCCAGUAUAUAAACAUGCCCUUGCGUAGCCGUAGCAGUGACGAAUUGAAGAAUACCACAGUGCUUCGCAAGGCAGCCAUGGCAGGGCCUCCCCAGGAGAAGGUGGACACGGCCCCCCAUGUGAGUGUGGAAGCGGCCCCCGAGGCGAGGGUGGAAGCGGCCCCCGAGGUGAGCGUGGAAGGGUCCUCUGAGGGGAACACGGAGGCGUCACGUGAAGCAGGUAUGGAAGCACUCCCUGAGAGCAUGGAAACGUCACCUGAAGUGAGCGUGGACGUGUCGUCCCCCGAGGCAAGCGUGGACCCGUCCCCCAAGGUGAGCGCGGACCGGUCCCCUGAGGUGAGCCUGGACUCAUCUCCUGAGGUGAGCAUGGAUGCAUCCCCCGAUGUGAGCAUGGAAGCGUCAUCUGAGGCCAGUGUGGAAGCGGCUCCCAAGGCUAGUGUGGGCCUGUCACCCGAGGCCACGGUGGAAGCAUCGCCUGAGGCCAGUGUGAAAGCACUCCCCAAAGAGAGUGUGGGAGCGUCCCCCGAGGCAUCCCCCAAGGUGGGCACGGAAACAUCUUCCCAGGUGAAAAAAUCAGAGCUGGACAAACAGGCCUCAAAGCCUGCUACCAAGAAGCGCCUGGUGUCGCACAUACCGUGUUAUAAAUGGCCGUCUUCUGUGAGUGGGCGGCGCCCGCCUUCCCCCGUCACUGUUAAGCAAAUGCAAAAGAAUCGCCCCCCAUCACCAUCACCCGUCAUGUCAAAACAGUCACAGUCUCCUCUUUCCUAUAAAAUAAUCCCUGUUCACCGUAGCCUGUUGGCACAAAAUGCAUUAGGUACUCUUGGAAAGAAAAGAGAAGGAGUGCCUAAAACUGCUAACAGCUCUGAGGCUGUGAGCCAAAAGCAGAUGGUCUGUGAAGAGUCUAGUAAUAAAAGCACACCAGGGACUAUGAAUGCCAAGGAGGCAACAAAAAUUUUGGCAGAAAAACGACGGCUUGCUCGUGAACAAAGAGAAACUGAAGAAAGAAUGCAAAAGGAAAGGGGGCAAAGCAAAACGAAGGACGUAGCAGGGAAAGCUGUGGAAGGCCAACAAGAAGAAUUCUUGAAACUGGAAGAUGGGCAGCAACAGAAGGAAAUAAAGAAAGGAUGUCCAGAUCCAGAAGACCAGAAAGUGCUACUACAGAAAGGGGCCGCCAAAAUAAAAGCUCAGGAGGAGGCUGAAAAACGCAAGAAGGAACAGGAGAGAAUUAUGUUACAGAAUUUGCAGGAGAGAUUAGAGAGAAAAAAGAGAAUUGAGGAAAUUAUGAAGCGGACGAGAAAGACAGAUUCAAAUGCCUCAAAGGCUGCAGAACCAUUUGUUGAUAACACGUACGAGGAGGACGAGGCGGACGACGAGGGCGAGUCGGAAAGUGACGACGAUUCCUUUGAUGACCUGCGUCCAUCAGCCUUUAUAAAUGGCAUGGAUUCAUCCACAAAACUCAAAACACAUUUUAAAAACAUGAAGAAGAACACUCCCAAGCUGGUGUUUUUAGACGCCACUUCUGGCCAAGUCCAUAGAGAGACAAAAACAUUUUUUAAUGGCGACAUGAAAAACUUCAGACAAAAAAGUGCGAAAGACCCUUUGGCUCAGGCAAAGGGUACCAGAUCGUCCAGCAAAAGAAUGACCAGCCGAGCAGCAAAAACCAGAAAGGCAAGUGAAACCUGUAACACCGUGGGACCCUCCAAGAGUUUAUAUCCAGAGGCACAGGAGUGGAUCUGUGACAAAAUUAUUGACAUCAGAAAUGAGGCAGAGUCCCUUAUGUCCAGUAUCCCUCCUGAUAGCCGAAAAUACCAUCUGAAAGGUUCCAUGACAUUCCACCAGAGUCCCCCGUUGCCUUUACACAACAAGAAAAGCAAAUCUGUUCCUGCUCCAUCGGAUCUGUAAACUUCGCGCAGCCCAGAAGAGAAUUCGUCAUCUACUCUGGAUCUCAACUUCCAGACCCCCUAAAUUUUGUGCCUCUGACUACCAAAAUGACCAUCAAAAACAGGGAAAACAUCAGACAGACACCUUAAUGUCACCUUAAUGCUCAGAAGCAGGUUAUCAUCUUGACUCUUGCCAACAGCAAGGGCUCUGAGUAAAGAGUCAUUUUUGUUUUCCUGUAAAAACCUCCACUGUCUCGUUCUUGUUUUCCGGCCGGGGUGUGUGAGCGCACCCAGCAGUGGUCACUCUUGAGUUUCUAAGCUGAGGGGGAGUUUUCUCUCUUAAAGUACUGCUUAUCCCGUUUAACAGGUACAUUACUUCCGCAAUUCAGAACAGACGUUCGAUCUCGUAGAGGCCGUAUGGGGUG